AUGUGGAUUCAGUGUAAUCCAUUUAACACACAUUCGUUCUCUCCCAGAAAUAAUUCAAAAACAGCAGUGAAAAAUAAACAGAGUGAUAAAACAAAAUUUUUUAUCACAAAACCAACGUUUUUCUCCAUUGAAUUAAAUGCACAUAAUUUAACAUAUUUAAGGCUGCUAGUGAUGAAUAAACAAUUACCACCUGAAUCAUUAAAUAUAUAUUUAUUUAGUUCACAAUCAUGCGAAGCCACGUUUCGAAAUUGCAGAGCGUUAUCAGGAACGUUUUCAUCGGCAACAAAUUUUAAUGUACAGGAGUUUAUCAAACGAAGUGAAAAAUUAGCUCUUUUAAGUGAAAUUAAAACAUAUGAAAAUUUAACGAAAAAUGACUAUCAUAUUAGAUAUCCUGUGCAUCAUAAACUUCAUCAUGAGAAAAAAGUAUUAUCUUUGGUUAACAGUGAUGAACAAAUAAGUAUGUCCAUUAUAGAAGAAUUGAUUAACGAAUCUUAUGAAGUUGCAAAAGGUUUCAUUGAAGAAUUAGAUAUGUCGAAUAUUUUGAUCGAGAACAGUUCAUUUGAAUUAUAUGAAUUAAGCGAAAACGUAUCGAAUAAAUUAACACACACUGGAAGAACAACAGAUUACUCACAAAUUAGCGAAAUGGAUGGAAUUAACGAAGAAGAGGAGAGUGAUAUCGAGGUGAUUGCUGAUGAAUUGACAAUAUCUCAUAAAGAUGAAAAUGAAGAAUUGAAUGAUGGUGAUGAAAAAGAUAAUAACAACGAUGAUAAUCAGAAUCUGCCACUAACAACAGCUAGGAUGGCGUUCAGUGGAAUGAGAAUUCAUGAUGAAGUCAAUGCGGCUGAUAAACAAGCUUAUUUUUCCAUAAAAGUUAACAACAGCGUAAAAUAUAUGCACAAACAAACUGCAUGCUGGUAUUUGAUGGGUGAUAAAAACCGUUUAUCAUCUGAUAGACUUCUACGAGUUCAGCAAAAGCAACGUUGA